CCAAAAACAGACCCUUUUUCAUCAUCGUCUUCUUCUUCAUAAUUAUUUUGUGUUCUUAUUACAAGCUUCAACCAUGACUCCAAUUUCUCUCUCACAUUCUCAAUAAAUAAAGCCAAAUUCCAAACCCAUUUGGUUUCUUCCUGUCUUUUGUACUCUUUCUCACCAGCAAUCUUCUGAUCACCAUCGCCAUCAUUUAUUAUUAAUUCAGAUGCAGAAUAUGUUUUCUGGUUAUGACAUGUUUCCUAUUCAAUCCUCCAUUAAUGGUGGAGAUCAUAUUCCUAUUCCUAACCCUAAUCCCAAACCACCCCCCAAGAAAAGAAGAAAUCUUCCUGGCAACCCAGAUCCAGAUGCUGAAGUGAUUGCUCUAUCACCAAAAACUUUAAUGGCGACUAACAGAUUCGUUUGUGAGAUCUGUAAUAAAGGAUUUCAGAGAGAUCAAAACCUUCAACUUCACCGGAGAGGACAUAAUCUUCCAUGGAAGUUGAAACAAAGAUCGAAACUUGAUAAUCAAGUUGUGAGAAAGAAGGUUUAUGUUUGCCCGGAAAAAUCAUGUGCACAUAAUGAUCCUUCGAGGGCUUUAGGUGAUCUGACCGGAAUCAAGAAACAUUUCAGCCGGAAACAUGGUGAGAAGAAAUGGAAAUGUGAUAAGUGUUCUAAGAAAUACGCAGUUCAAUCCGAUUGGAAAGCUCAUAGUAAAACUUGCGGCACUAGAGAGUAUAAAUGUGAUUGUGGCACUCUCUUUUCAAGAAAAGACAGUUUCAUCACCCACAGAGCAUUUUGUGAUGCAUUAGCAGAGGAAACAGCUAGAAUUCCUCCAAAUAUGAACUUUAAAAAUGAAAGUGUUUCAUCGUCCAACGCUGCCGCCGCCGCCGCCGCCGCCAUUUCUCAGUUCAAUUUACCAGAUGGGUAUUUAACAAAUUCACAAAUUGAAAUGGGUUUGAGUUCUAAUUUCUGUAAUCUACCUGAUUUAAUGCAAAUGGGUAAUUCAAAUCUGUUUGGGCAAUCACCCUUUUCAACCUUUGAUCCUCAUCAUCAUCAUCAUCAUCAAUGGGUUAACACCAAUAUGAUUCCACCAACAAGAUCUGCAAAUCUCUCACUCUCCGCCGGUUCCCACCAACUGAAAUCAUCCUCCUCGCCGGAAACUUCAUCGGGGAUGAUGUCAGCGACGGCUCUUUUACAGAAGGCGGCACAGAUGGGUUCCACUAGAAGUAACCCAUCUUUCCUAAAUCAUAACAGUUUCGGCCUGAUGAAUUCAUCAUCAUCUUCAUCGUCUUCAUCAUCAUCUUCUUCAUUAGCAUCUUUAUCUCCGGGAGAGCAAAUAAUGACCGGCGGUUGUAAUUUGGAGCAGAUAAUGAUGCAAAACGUUGGAAAUAGCUAUCUAUUUCCAAUGAAAAUGAAUCAGAGAUCAAAUUACAUGGAAAAUGGCGGUUUGACCAGAGAUUUUCUUGGAAUGGAGGCGGAAGACGGCGGUGCCGGUGCCGGCGGCGGGUUAAGGCCGUUAUUGUCUCAAGAAUUAGCUACGUUUGCUUCAAUUGGUUCGUUAAGAGGGCUUGACCAUUUUGGUAAUUUCCAAUGAAAAAGAAUGACAGUCCUACUGUAUGGCUACAGUAUAGGCCUGAAUGAAGGAAGGGUAUAAAGGUAAAACUACUAGAUGGGGUCCAGUGAAUGUUGAGUGGGGCUAAGUAAGAUGUCGACUGAGGGAUGGACAUUUGGACGAUAUUACCCCUCAUGCAUGUUUUUUUUUGUUUACGUUAUUAUUGUACUAGUACUUUUCCAUUGCUAAAUGGAUAUUUAUGAUUCAAUCAUCAGUUUUUCAA